AUGCUUGUUUAUAUCACAUUCGUGUCUAUACUGCUAAAGCGGCUCGCUCCUUCCCCCAAGAACAGUGGCCUCCAGCACAUCGUCGAUACCUGGCAAGAGCCGCAAGCAGCCAAGGCAUUCCAAUUCGACUGGAGAGAUGACUUCAGUCGUGACAUUGUACCCAAGAGCUGCCACUCCCACAACGAUUACUGGCGCUCUGUUCCCCUCUAUGCUGCCCUCGCGGCGGGAUGUACCAGUAUUGAAGCAGAUAUCUGGUUAACAGAAGAUGGCGAACUGCGAGUCAGUCAUUCCUGGGAGUCUACGACCAGCGACCGAACGCUGAAGAGCUUAUACAUCGACCCACUUCUGAACAUCCUCGAACGGCGAAACGCGACAACGGCCUCAAAGCCAGACAGAAAGACCGGUGUCUUCGACAAGGAUUCAAGCGCAACAACCGUCCUACUUAUAGACUUCAAAUCCGACCCGGCAGCAACAUGGCCAGUCCUCCUCUCGCAACUCGCUCCCCUUCGCUCCAAAGACUGGUUGACAUACUACGACGGCUCGGUGCUCCACACAGGCCCACUCACCAUUGUGGGCACUGGAAACGCCCCCUUCGAUCUCAUUCAGUCCAUGGCAAAUCGGUACAUCUUCUUCGACGCACCGCUGCUCUCUGUCUCGGACAACCAAUACAAUACCACAAACUCUUACUACGCAUCCGCCGCCCUCAGCGACGCAGUAGGCAAGCUGUGGUUCGCAAGUAUGUCGUCAGAACAGGUUGGAGUAGUCAAGCAGCAAAUCGAAGCAGCGGAGGCGAAGGGAUUGAAGAGUAGGUACUGGGGUACUCCGAGCUGGCCGAUCGGGAAAAGGGAUGAGAUUUGGGAGACGUUGAUGGGGCUGGGUGUUGGGGUGCUGAAUGUCGAUGAUUUGGUCAGUGCGACGAUGUGGAAUUGGGGUUUUUGUGUUGUGGCUGGUAUUGCGCUUUGUGGGAAUAGCUAG